AAAGUUCCUGAAACAUUCCUGAGACGUUCUUAAAAAGCUCCUAAUGUUCCUGAAACAUUCCUGAAAUGCUCCUGAACUCUGAAUGAUCUCCCCACUCGACUCUGGAGUUGUUUUUCGAGCGUGAGAGCACAUCGUCACAGUAUGUCAACCAGCACAGAGCUGCCGUUACGCUGCCCGACCUGCGGAGAGGCGUGUGGCUUUGGAGAGCACCUGUCCAGCGCCCGCUCCUGCCAGAAACUCUGUCUGACCCCUCGACGGAGCUCUGAGGGCGGACUCAUGUCCCUGUAUGCCCAGCGAGAGAGCGAGAUCGACCGUCCUCUGCGGCUGGAGCUCCUGGAUGCCUUGAGUUUGGCCCGUCCGCUCCGAAAGAUUCUCAUUCAGAGGGACUUGCCCUCGUCUCUGUCUCCAGUGCUGGCGGUCGCCAUGAGCUCCAGAGCCGCAGAGGCGGAGGCAGACGCCGGACACGCUGUGGCCCAGCUGGGAGUGCCAUGGCUGGGCAGGCUGGCGCUGGAGGCCCGGCUUCAGCAGCUGGCGCUGGAGGUGCAGGAGCGUGUGUCGCUCAAACUGGAGACGCUGCAGGACGAGGUGCAGCGGAGGAGCGUGGAGGUGAGGCGGGCCAGGAGAGAGAGCGAGUGCAUGCACAGAGAGAAGCGUCAUGCGGAGGAGCGGGCUGCCAAACUGGAGCGGCAGGUGGACAUUUCCGUGGAGAUGCUGGCCAGCCUCAGAUACGAGCUGAGAGAGAGAGAUGAACAACUGCGGCGCAAGCAACAGGAAGUGUGUGAUCUGGACAGGUUUGUGAGGGACACGGCGCUCCAGGAAGCCACUGCAAAGAUCCGUCUGCAGCGCUUCAUCGAGGACCUUCUGGAGAGAGCCGAGAGAGCCGAGACGCAGCUGCAGAACCUCUGCGAUGAUGUCACUUCCCCUCACAGACACCUGGCAGGAAGCAGAGCGUCAGGCUACCAGAGGAGUUACAGCGUGUCUGGGAUGAGCAGGAGAUCUUCUCAUCUGUCUGAUCACAGAGCCGCUCAACACUACAGGUUCGAGCGGAGGCCGCGCACGCUGUCGGUGGGCUCGGGCGGCUGUGAGGGUCACUGGGACAGACGGCAGUAUCAGCAUGUGUUGUGUGGAGCUGUCGAGGGGCCCUGGAUGAUCCAACACACACACAUUGAUGACGAUUCAGACCACUGGUCACUUUACACCUCAGAAUCACAGGACGACACACAGCAACACACUGGAUACAGGACCUACAGCUGCAUGGGUCAGGAUCUGCACUGGAGUGUGAACAGACCCAGUGAAUCGGCUGUGUGUUCGGAGCGUCUGCGGCUCAAAGCGGCGCUGUUCUGUGUGUUCACUUAUCUGGACACGCGCUCGCUGCUCACCGCCGCUGAGGUGUGUAAGGAUUGGUGCAGUGUUGCACGUCAUCCUGCUGUUUGGACCACAGUAACACUGGAAAACGCACGUGUGUCAUCAAAGUUCCUGAUGACUCUGUCUCAGUGGUGCUGUCAGACUCAGUCUCUCGUUCUUCACAACCUCAAACCUCGAUCUCGUGGCAAGAAAGAGAGUAAAGACGAAUAUUUACGCAGCACCAGGGGCGGGCUGGAGGCGGGGCUGGAGGCGGUGCUGAAGUCAGCGGGGCGGAGUCUCGUCGCUCUGUGUGUCUCUCAUUGUCCCAACAUUCUGACGGACAGAUCGCUGUGGGUCGUCAGCUGUCACUGUCGCGUGCUGCAGUCGCUCAUAUACAGGAGCGCGUCGGAUCCAGUGGGACAGGAGGUGAUCUGGGCUCUGGGUGCGGGAUGCAGGGACAUCACGGCGCUGCGCAUCGCUCCUCUACAGCCGUGCCUGCAGCCCAGUCGCUUCAGUAACCGCUGCUUGCAGACGAUUGGCCGCUGCUGGCCGAACCUGUGCCGGGUGGGAUUGGGCGGGGCCAGCUGCGGCGUGCAGGGAUUGGCCUCUCUGGUGAGGAACUGUGUGAACCUGUGUGAGCUGGAGCUGGAUCACAUGAACGAGCUGAACCAGGAGGCAGCGGCGGAGAUCUGCAGAGACGGUCUCCAGCAGCUGCACACGCUCAGCUUCAUCUCCACACCCGUCACCGCCAGAGCCAUACUGCACUUCAGCAGUGAGCAUCUCAAUUCAGCAAGACUGACCCAGUGCUUCAUUUGA